GUGCCAGUGGAACCGGCGUGAUUCACAUUACGAUCCGUCCUUAAAGCCUCUCUAGUCUUACUGGCCUCCCAUCUGCGCUCACAGAAGGCUUUCAAGCUGCACUUCCCUCCUCAUCCCUCUUCCAUCAGUGAACCGGUCUGGAGAGCGAGUUGAACAAAGCCAUGGGAGAGAGAGAGAGAGAGUGAGGAGCUUUUGGGAAGAAAUGUCUCUCACUGACUCUGUCGCCUGGACAACCGGUUAAGAGAAGAGAGAAAGGGAGGCAACAACAGAAGCAUUCGGAGCAUAAAAGGAGAGGAAAACAUCACAUUAUUAACGGCUGCUGUCAGAGCAUUGCUGUGGUUUGGUUGGAAAAGCAUGGAAGAGGUGAAAUUCCAGAGCAGAAGUUCACAUUAAAAGUGGACCCAAGAGGCCUGAACGCUCUACCUGUAUCAUCAUCAUCAUCAUCAUCUUCAGGUGCCAGCAUGGAGCUGGAGGAUGAGCCGCCGCUGUUUCAGACAAGAUGGAGAGAAGGAGGGGAGGAGGAGGAGGAGGAGGAGGGCCAGGAGGAAGAGGAUGCAGUAACGCACAGAGCUGGACAGACCUGUUUCUCUGGGGAGACGAGGAUGCAGUGGAGGGCACUGGCAUGGGUGUACACUCAGCCCUGGGCCAGUGGGGGGGUUUUAGGGAUAGCUGUCCUGCUACCGUGUGCCCUGUUUAUCUACAUGUUCCUCUACUGCCCCCCACUGGAUAUAGACCUCUCCUACAAUGCCUUUGAAGUUCAUAGUCAUUUCUCUGCUGAGCGGUUUGAUGCCCUCACCAUCGCUGUCAAGACCCAGCUGGGGUCGUGGGACAGACGUAGGCGUGACUUGCACAGCAGUGAGUCAGCGGCCCUACGGGACCUCCUGGUGGAGAAGCUAAGUGGACAACGAGAUGGAGCAUUUAACAAGACAGUUAACGAUGGGGGGACAUCUGCCGGCCCUCAAAACAGCCCUUUACAAAGUCGAGAUGAUCAGAAGAGAGGACUUGAAGCAAGCAGAGAUAAAAGGUCAGUGCCUGAUGUGACUCGGAAGGAAUUGGAGCAGCACAAAAACUCAGAGCACAGAGUAAAGAAACAGGAGGAGACGUCAGAGGAGGGAAAGGCCGCCUUAUCCAGGAGGAAGCCCAGGUUAGUGCCAAAUUACUACCUGCAGAGCCAGGCUCUGUGGAGGAUUGAGCUGGUGUUUGUUGCUCAAGGGCAGGGCGAUCGCAACAUCUUCACUCCGGAGCGACUACAAACCAUCCACCAGGUGGAGCGGCUGCUUAUGCAGCACCCACAGUUUCACCAGUUCUGCUGGAAGCCCCUGGAGGUUUUGAGGGAUCUGCCGCUGGGUCCAUCCUACUGCUCCCCACCCAGCUCACUCCUGUCGUACCUCUUCCCCAGUGAACGGGGAGGAAAGAUCUACUAUGAUGGCAUGGGCCCAGACUUGGCUGACAUUCACGGUUCUCUGCAUCUGGCCAUCACCCACCCUCAGUUCUACUGGUAUGUGGAUGAGAGUCUGUCACCUGAGCAUCUGUCCUCCUCUCUCCUACGCAGUGAGAUCCACUUUGGUGCUCCUCUUCCAUCGUACUGUUCCCUCCAGGACCGAGCUGAGGAGCAGAGAACCCGCUUCAAAAACUUUGUUGUUCAGUAUGCUAAUAUCCUGGCCAAGCAGUCCACCAGCCAGGUGAAGGUGCUGUACGGCGGAACAGAGCUGUUUGAUGAUGAAGUGAGACACACCUUCCACAAUGACAUGAUGCUGGCUGUCAUCAGUGGAGCCUGCAUUUCUCUGCUGGUUUUUGUCCUCACCUCCUUUUCUGUUUUUCUGACUUUCUUUGGAUUGGCGAGCAUCGGACUGAGCUGCUUGAUGGCUCUGUUUUUGUACCACGUCGUCUUUGGUGUCAGAUAUUUGGGCAUUCUCAAUGGAGUGGCAGCCUUUGUUAUUAUCGGCAUCGGAGUGGAUGAUGUAUUUGUCUUCAUCAGCACCUUCAGACAAGCAUCUCACCUGCUGGAUCCUCACCAGCGUAUGAUCUACACCAUUAAAACGGCGGGCCGGGCCACAUUUCUCACCUCCUUCACUACUGCAGCCGCAUAUGCUGCCAACACUUUUUCUCAGAUCCCAGCCGUGCAUGACUUUGGCCUGUUCAUGUCCCUCAUUGUGAGCUGCUGCUGGCUUUGGGUUUCCAUCUUGAUGCCAGCGGCGUUGUGUAUCUGGACCCGCUGUGUUGAGCCUCACGAGCACGCCUGGUUGAACUGUUGGAAGUCAUUUUCUGGCCUGUCAGCGAGCCACAGCCCUUUGUCAGAUGAGGAUGAUGAUGUGGCACUUCUGUCAGUGGAGAUGGAGCCAGACUCCUAUGACACAGAAGGUGAUGCAGCCAUUCUGUCGCUGUCUGUGGAGACACAUCUGCCCCCUCCAGGGCAGCAGCACGUGGGUGUGGUCAGCACCAAUCUCCGCUGGGCCCUGAAGCAUUUGGUGGCAAAGCCAGCCGUGGAGAGACGCAAAGCUGUCCUAGGUGUCUUUCUUCUGGUUCUGCUGUUGUCUGCUGGGUGUUGCUGUCUUCUGAGGCCGGCCACUCACGCACCCUUGCUUUUCCGUCCUGACACCAACCUACAGAUGUUGCUGGCUCUGAGAAAUAACCUGAGUGGCCAAGGAAUCUCCUGCCCUAUGUGCUCAGGUGUGUUUAUGGAGAAGCCCUGCCCUUUGUACACACACACAACCUCAUCAGCACAAAGGUUUUCUGCACGUCAGCAGAACCCGAGCAUGUCGGCCUCCAGUGCUCGUCAGAGCUCAGUGAAACCAAAUACAAGCACCAACCAAACGGACGUUUUGCUUACAGUGUAUGUCUCAAAGUUGGACCUCGGAGCCUCGACCACACUUUACCGCUUCUCCCUUAAUGCCAGCGCUCAGUCCCCAUGGAAACAGUGCAGUGCAGCGCAUGAAGAGGUGUCAUUGUUUCAGGCUUAUAAUCAGCCGCACAGCAAUUACACCACACGGAUGACUGUGUGCGUUUCCAGCGUAUACCACCCUUACCCCAGCUGGAUGAUCACCUCAGGGUCAUGUGCCUCUCGGCUUGGCUGGAUACCAGAGUUUACCUUUUACGUAGCUUCAUCUGAGCAGCAGCACAGCAGGAGACUGUACUUUGCCCAGCAACGAUUAAGACCACAUCCAAGCCGAGUGUGCGCCAACCUACCAGGCUGUGGGAUCAGUUCUGGACCUGAUGGACCCACACAGGGAACCUUUUAUGCUCCACUUCCCAGUGAUUCCUCUUCAGCUUCUAAAAUGCUACAUUCAUCCAAAACAUUGGGCUUCGACCCAUGUAGCGGCGGUGUGUGUGGCCAGCCAGCGGUACGUCCUUUGGUCGACACUGGAGCAAUGGUUUUUGUAGUGUUUGGAAUCCUGGGAGUAAACCGAACUGAACACAAGGACAACCAUGUUAUUGGAGAUAUGGGCAGCAUUAUAUUGGAUCCAGAGUUUGACAUUUUCCAAGAAAUGGGGUAUCUUUGCAAAAUUUGCAAGGCUAUUGGUGCAAACAGACAACUUGUGAAGCCUGGAGGAGCCCAGUGUCUGCCUUCAGGAAAUAAGUUAUCUUCCAUUCUGCCUCUGCUGCAUCCUGACUGUCAUUCUCUGCCUGAACCAAACCUGCUCCCGGGUCAGCUGUCUCACGGAGCAGUGGGAAUGCACGGAGGGAAGGUCCGCUGGCUAUCGAUGGCCUUUGAGUCUACCACAUACAAAGGGAAGUCCUCCUUUCAGACCUAUUCAGAUUUCCUGCAGUGGGAGAAUUUCAUCCAGCAGCAGCUCUCUGCCCUUCCACAGUCUUCUGCCCUGCAGCGAGGUUUCCAGACCUGCGAGCACUGGAAGCAGAUCUUUAUGGAAAUCAUAGGUGUGGAGAGCGCCUUCUGGAGUCUGCUGCUAUCUCUGGCCAUCUGUGUGGGAGCUGUGUCUGUGUUUACUGCACAUGCACUGCUGCUUUUGCCAGUACUCAUCACCAUUCUCGGAGUCAUCUGUCUCGUGGUGGCAGUCAUGUAUUGGCUCGGCUGGGAGAUGGGAGCAGUAGAGGCAAUUUCUCUCUCGAUCCUCGUGGGUUCAUCGGUGGAUUACUGCCUGCACCUGGUGGAGGGAUACCUGCUGGCCGGGGAGACUCCACCCUCCUCGCCUGGUCACAGCUCGGAGAUGCUGAUCGUGAGGCAGAGGCGGACUCUCGAGGCAGUGAACCAAGUGGGUGUUGCCAUCGUGUCUAGCGCUAUCACCACGGUGAUCUCCACAGUGCCGCUCUUCUUCUGUGUCAUUGUGCCUUUUGCCAAGUUUGGCCAGAUAGUGGCCAUUAACACAGCCAUCUCCAUUUUGUUCACGCUAACCGUGACUGUGGCCAUAUUGGCAAGCGUGGCCCCUGCUGGCUUCAGCAGGCCCCCUUGUGCCGUGCUGAAGGCCAGCAUGGCCGUGAUGGCGGCUGCAGCAUUGGGAGGCACCAUGUACUGGGUUGGAGAACAACUGGGAGCAUUAACGUGGCCCACAAUGAGCGUGUAAGCACAGCUGUCGCACCAUGAUGUCAGGCCAAGCGCCACCUUCUUUAUCCGAUCAGUCGAAUGAUCUUUUACACUUUUAGCACAAAGAUGUCAGCCUUUUAUCGGCCGUUACAAACCGCAAACAUUCAUCACAAAAUGCAUUUUUAUCUUGUAUUAUUCUGUAGACGACACUUUGAGGGGUAAAAAAAACACUCCUUGUCACUACCUCUUGUAUAAUAUUGUGAAAAUGGCUGUGACUCACAGUAUCAGGCUGUUGAGAUAACGAUCAGUUGAGUUUAUGUUUUCUUUGUGUGACGGCGCCUUCUACAUAGAGCUGGAGAUGAGUGUUGG